GUUCGCUGAAUCGAUGUAUCACUUAGGUAGGUUACACCAGAUGUAGUGGCCUUGGUGAUAAUACCCUUUGUCAUGCCAUCGCCCGUGACGGAGACGUAGUAAUGCAAACAAUCCUAGAGAGCCACAUCAUCCCUGACCGCUGGGCUUCGACUCAAAUCUAGUUAGGCUACGGUUCAACAAGAAAGAAAAAGUGAAAUAUUCUUAUAUUAUUUCAAUGGUUUUUGUUGAGAUGUCUUAACACCAAGAAAUAGUUCAAUAUGAAAAAGAGACGUCUCUCGUUUAUUUUCUUUCCUUGAAACUUAUCUGGUUACUAUAAUAUGCAAAACAUGAUCUUAACUCGACUUGUAGGGUAGUGAUCGCUCACGCUACGGCCUACGAAUGUCACAUGACUUUUAGUGGUCUCAUUUAAAGUAACUUUUGACUUUUCUAAACAUACAACUCUGCUAUUUACAGUCAUUUUGGAUUCUUCUUCAUUUGCUUGUGUUAUCAAAUUUAUAAUGGAGGGGAAGAUGUCUUUGGGAAAAUACUUUUUUUUUCCUUUGGGAAAAUACUUGACAUAAUGUAAUUCAUUGAAUAAUGUAAUUCAUCAAAUGUAUCUUAAAACCAGGGGCGGACGUACAGCCAAACGUACGGGGUCACGUGCCCCCGUCUCAUUUUAUAAUUUCUUUCAGUAAUUCCUAUGGUGUUUAUAAAAUGCCCCCAACUGAAAAAUUGAUAUAAUGUAUGUGCCCCCACCUAAAUACACUCCUGCAUCCGCCCCUGCUUAAAACUAGUUUGGUGGUUCCUCUGAACUGUUACUGUAUUUUUCGCUGAACAAUAUAAUGCAUGAAACAAUCUCAACUUCAUGUUUUAAAGUUGAAGAAUAAUUUAUUCACAAUCCACUGUUGCAUAAGUUGCGAAAUUGCUGGACCUCCCUGAUAUUAUUGGCCAUGUGCGUUCGCAUCUAUUAUGGAAUGGAUCAGAUCAUGGGAUCCGAAUAUAGUGAUUUACGGAUUAAAUCCCGAUUAUUUUUUUGUAUACUAAAGCAAGAACCACAUCAUCAAUUCCAUGACCCUUAUAGGCUUUUCAACAUCAUUUAUUGAAUAAUUUCGCUGUAUUAAGUCUACCAAAAACUUCUGGGAAGACAUUUUGAACAACAACAAAAACUUUUCUAGCAACCAGUUUUUUUUUUUUUUAAAUAUCAUUAUCAUAUUUGUUAUGAGUGUUUUCUGCAAAGACCUUGACUUGUCUUACCAUAACAUUCAAAGUAAACGAUAGCGAUCACUCAUUUACGUAUGUCUCAUGACUUUCAAGUCAUUUCAUAAACAGAGACUUUGACCUUUUCUACCCUUUCUUGUUGAAUUCUUAUAACCGUAGAGGUGUUUGCAUUGAACCAACAUUGAAGUUCAUUUUCAUUUGCUUUUUUAAAAAAAAAAAAUCUUAUUUGCAAUGGAAGGAAAACUUUUCUUAAAACAAUACUUGAUAUGGGUGAUGAUACUAUUGUUGGGGCAGCUGCAUGGAUACAAAAGCUGUAUUUUGAAAGAAAGGAACGCUUUGUUGGACCUCAAAAUAUUCUUGAUCUCAACUACUGAAGAAGGGCAAUCCGAACCUGUUCUCCCUUCUUGGACCAAUGACACCACGAGCGACUGCUGUCAAUGGGAGCGUGUUAAGUGCAAUUCUACAAGCGGACGGGUACUCAAGCUUUCCACUCGUGGACUGAACCUCAAAGAGAGUUCUCUCCUAAAUCUUUCUUUGCUGCAUCCCUUUGAAGAAGUCCAAAUUCUAGACUUAUCAGAGUCCAAAUUUGGCGGUUUCUUUGAUGGUGUGGAAGGUUAUAAAAGCCUCAGUAGAUUAAGAAACCUGGAGAUUCUGGAUCUCUCGUCAAAUAAAUUCAACAGCAGCGUCUUUCAUUUUCUUAAUGCUGCUACAUCUCUUACAACUCUACUUCUUCAGGGAAACAACAUGAAUAGUCCUUUUCCUGCUAAAGAACUUAUAAAUUUGAAAAAAUUGGAAAUAAGACCUGUGUCUACCUUUGUGUGGUUUUGUAUUGUCACAGAGCUUUCUGCCAUGGUGAAGCUGAAAUUUUUGGAUUUAAGUGGUAAUGGAUUUUCUGGCUCAAUGGAAUUGCAAGGCAAGUCAGUUCAUAUCUUUAACUUUUCCAUUAAAAGUUGGAUUUGCAAACUGAAGAAUCUACAAGAGCUCGAUAUCAGUCAAAACAAUCUUGUAGGUGAAUUUCCCUUAUGUUUAACUGGCUUGACUGGACUUCGAGUUCUUGAUCUCUCCUCGAACCAAAUGAGUGGGAAGCUACCAUCUUCUCUCGCUAACCUUGAAUCCCUUGAGUACUUCUCAUUGUUCGAUAACAAUUUUGAAGGCUUCUUCUCUCUUGAUUCCCUUGCCAAUCUCUCAAUGCUUAAGGUGUUUGGAGUUAAUUCAAGAUCCAACUCAUUCCAAGUGGUUUCAGAAGGUUCUUGGAAGCCGAAAUUUCAGUUAAAUGCUAUUGCAUUACGAUCUUGCAACUUGGUGAAGGUUCCUCAUUUUCUCUUACACCAAAAGGAUUUGCGCCAGGUUGAUCUCUCCGACAACAACAUAUCUGGACAGUUUCCAUCCUGGCUGUUGGCAAACAAUACAAAACUCGACGUGUUGCUUCUGCGGAAUAACUAUUUGACAAGCUUUCAGCUGCCAAGAUCAGCACAUAAUCUGCUGUUCCUGGAUCUGUCGGUUAAUAAAUUCAACCAUCUAUUACCUGAGAAUAUUGGGUGGAUACUUCCUCAUCUACUGUCUCUAAAUAUCUCAGAUAACGGUUUUCAAGGAAGCAUGCCAUCUUCUCUAGGUAACAUGAAGAGUAUUAAUAAUCUUGAUAUAUCUCACAACAGUUUUGGCGGGAAGCUACCAAGAAGUUUCGUAGAGGGUUGUUAUUCCUUGUCAAUCUUGAAGCUUUCACAUAACAAACUAAGUGGAGAGGUGUUCCCAGAAUCAACAAACCUCACUCGUGUAUCUCAGCUGUCCAUGGAUAACAAUCACUUCAAUGGAACAAUAGGUCAAGGUUUGAGGAGAUUGAGUUCUUUGUAUAUGCUAGAUGUUUCGUACAACAACCUCACAGGUGGUAUCCCAAGCUGGAUUGGAGAAAACCAGUUCCUAGGCGCAUUACAGCUCUCAAACAAUGUGUUGGAAGGUGAAAUACCUCCUUCCUUGUUCAACAUUUUCAGCCUUCGGCUGUUGGAUCUCUCUGGAAACAGAUUAUCUGGAGGCUUACCUCAAGAAGUAAGUUUCAGGACUCCGGUGGUGUUAUACCUGCAAGACAACAACUUAUCAGGGCAUAUACCAGACACAUUGCUAGCGAAUGUGGUAGUACUUGAUCUCAGAAACAACAGAUUGUCAGGGAAUAUUCCAGAGUUCAUCAACACCCAAACUACAAACAUCCUUCUUCUCCGGGGUAAUAAUUUAACAGGCCGUAUUCCUCGCCAGCUGUGUGGCCUAAGCAACAUCCACCUACUUGAUCUAGCUAACAACAGAUUAAAUGGGUCUAUACCUUCAUGUCUUAGCAACACAUCACUUGGUCUAGGGAAAGAGGAUGCACCAUACGGCUAUAGUUUCGGCGUUGCUGUCGUUGCUCCUGGUGACUCCACUUCCACAGAUUCUUUUAGCUAUUUGAGUUUGAAAAUGUCAGUGUAUAUUUCAGAUCCUUUUAGAAUGCCCUACCUGUCAGACACUCAAUAUGAUAUUGAAUUUGCAACAAAACAUCGGUAUGAUGCCUACAGAGGAGGAAUUCUAAACUACUUGUAUGGACUUGAUCUCUCGGAAAAUGAGCUCACCGGUGAGAUCCCAUCAGAGCUUGGAGAUCUUCUGAGACUACGAGCUCUCAACCUUUCUCACAACUACUUAUCAGGAGUGGUACCAGCGACUUUCUCAGGUAUAAGGAAUUUGGAAAGCCUUGAUCUUUCUUUCAACAGAUUACAUGGUCGGAUCCCACCACAGCUAACAGAGCUAAACAGUUUAGCGGUUUUCAACGUCUCAUACAACAACUUAUCGGGAGCCAUUCCACAGGGAAAACAGUUUAACACGUUUGAAACACUAAGCUACUUAGGCAAUCUUCUUCUCUGUGGACAACCAACCAACACAAUCUGCAACAAUGUUACCUCUCCAGAAUCAGAUAAUGAACUAGUGAAGGACGAUGAUGGUCAAGUCGACAUGGUAUCUUUCUACUGGAGUUCUGCUGCAACCUAUGUGACAAUACUUAUUGGAUUAUUCGCAUCACUCUCUUUUGAUUCCCUUUGGAGCAGAUUUUGGUUCUACAUCGUUGAAGUAUUCAUCAACAAGGUGAGGAAUCUAUUGUGGUAAAAUUAGUGUUGCCGCCAAAGCCAUGAAAACAUUUUAUGUUUUUAAAAUUAGUGUAGGCGCCAAAGCCAAAGUUACAUUUAUGUUUUUAAAUUUUUUAGUAAACUUAUUAUAAGUAA